GCGUCGUCUUCCCCUACCAGCCCAGCAGCGGGCGCUACAAACUCAACUACCAGGAUGCGAAGCGAGCGUGCGAGCAGCAGGACUCCCGCCUCGCCACCUACCAGCAGCUCUACAAAGCCUGGACCGAGGGCACCCCCGGGUGUGCCCUGAUUGGGCCCGUCCACUACCCCAUCAUCAACUCGCGGGAGCCGUGCGGCGGCCGCCUCCUCCUACCCGGGGUCCGCUCCUAUGGGGCCAGGGACAAGCAGAAGGAUCGAUUCGAUGCUUUCUGCUUCACCUCUGCUCUUCAAGGCCAGGUCUACUUCAUCCGGGGCCACCUGAACUUCAAGGAGGCGGCCCAAGCGUGUCGCAACCACGGGGCUGCCAUGGCCAAAGUGGGGCAGCUCUAUUCCGCAUGGAAGUUCUCCCAGCUGGAUCGCUGCGAUGGAGGGUGGCUGGAGGACGGCAGCGUGAGGUUCCCCAUCACCACCCCCCGCCAGCACUGCGGGGGGCUCCCGCACCCCGGUGUCCACAGCUUCGGCUUCCCCAGCAAAGAGCGGCGGAUCUACGGCACCUACUGCUUCGUGGAGGAGUAG